UUCAGAGUUACUGAAGCCCUGGGUGCUGAUGCUAGCAGGUCAACGCCUAGUUCUUCUCCAGUAAAAGCCACACCACACUUUAGAUACGCCUUACAUUUGCACAGCUUGGCUCAAGUACAGUGGUUCAAACCCCUCCUCUGUCUUUUGGUGACCAUGAUGCUUCAGGCAGCAGCCACCGCCAUUAUUGCUGUUGUCCUCACCUUCUUGAUCCAGGGAUCCAAAACAUCUGCGACGUGUUUCUGUGAACUGAGGAACUUGGGAAAUAUGUUCCCUGACAAACGGCUGCAAGACGUAAAAACUCUAGCAACCAGGUGUACUCAGGAAAUCACCUCAGAACAGAUCUCAGAAAUUGAUGUUCUAUUGGAUCAGCUUCACUACCGCCUCCUGCAGCUGGAAGGGGACAUAACAAGGCUGGAAAAAGAAGACGACGGGGACCUGUUUGGGGCAGUCUCCCUGCGUAUUAUUGAGAUUGAACUCGCUGAGAUUACGGACCUCUUUGUAAAACUCAAUGCCACAAACAACGCUCAGCAGAGAAUCAGUGCCAACACUGGUGCUCAGCUGAUGAACCUGCGAAGUGAGGUGCAGGGGUUGAAGAAGUUUGACCAGACAAAAGUUAUUAUGGAGAAGGAGAAGAACAAAAGGCUCACGAGGGACCUCAAAGAGUGUGAGGCCAAGGCCAAGGUGACCUUAGCUCCUCCCACCAUACCUGCACCAGGGAACUGUCCUUAUGGACACUUGUUGAAUGUAAUGGGACCCAGCAGCUACAUCACCACCCAGUAUGGCACCUCCUACCCAUAUGGUGCCUGGGGUCGUGACCCGAAGCCUGCCCUUGGAAAGGAGGACUGGUAUUGGCUGGUGGCACUGACCAGCAGCAAUAUCUAUGCCAACUAUGUAAGGCAGUACAGCAGCUACAGCGCCCUCAUACUGGGUGUCAGUGCAGGGGAUGUGAGCAUUGCAUCAGGCAACCCCACCACCAACACAGUGCAGGGGCCCAAUGCAGUCCUGUAUGGCAAUGCCCUCUACUACAACUGCUACAACUCUCCCUCUGUCUGCCGCUUCGAUAUGACAUCCCGCUCCAUCUCCAGCGUGGCACUGCCCACCACUGGCUACAACAACAAGUUCCCAUUCUGUCACUUGGAUGCAUGCUACGGCUACACAGACAUUGAUGUGGCUACGGAUGAGUCCGGUGUCUGGGCUGUCUACACCACUCCUCAGAACUUUGGCAAUGUGGUCUUGAGUAAAGUGGAGGUGGGGAGUGACAUCACCCUUAGCCGCACCUGGAACACUUCGCUAAACAAGCGCACAGCCACCAACACAUUCAUGGCAUGUGGCGUGCUGUAUGGCACACGCUACAUAGACAAGCAGAACGAGGAGGUAUUUUACUCCUUCGACACAGCCACAGGGCAGGAGCGCUUUGACCUUAAUCUGCUCUUUAAGAAAACAUCCACAAACAUCCAGUCCCUGAACUAUAACCCCAGGGACCGCAUGUUGUAUGUGUACAGUGACUCAUAUGUACUUACAUACCAGGUGACAUUUGGCUGAGUCCUUUGCCCUGCCUUCCCUGAAUUACUCAAUCUGUCCAAACUGAGGAUGGAAGCACACAUUUGCAUAUUCUAAAAGGUCUAGUCUACAGGAAGUGUGGAAAGGUCAGCAGAAAUCAGUCAACCACAAAGAAUUUGUUCACACAAUAAAUUUGCUUUGUGUUAACUGAAAA